AUGGGGUACGAGGGCGUCGACGGUAGGAAGGUGCGCGGCGUGUAUGCGAAGGAGUUCCGAGGACGAGCAAGCUGGUCGUACGGAGACAGCUUUGAGACUAACCAAGAGCGAAGAUCAGUUGGCUUUGUGGACAACACUUGCAUGUGGAACGAGUCAGAUGCAGCGCUGCCCGAUUUUCUCGUGGCGAGGGGCGAUUUGAGGACGCGUAGCGUGAUUCUACUCCUGGAGUGGCAUCAAUCGGCGGCAGCACCCGCAACCACGUUUCUUCUCUUGACGACACAGAUCCUUCCAGUGUCGUAUACGCCUCUCCCCGUCUUCUUCGUCGCGUCCGUGGGUGAUUUCCAUCAGGUUCGGAUGCUCGGAGGUGAGGCUUCGCUACAAGUGAUGCAUCAACGGCAACAGCAAGGACAAUUCGAUGGUCGCCGCCAAAGUCAUUCAGAGUGCUUCCAUCAAUUGCAAGUAUCUUUCAUCUUGCACCGGUUAUCUGACGCGCUCAAGCGCGCCUCUUACGUUAUCCGGGGUCGGUAUAACAAAGCAAGGGAGAUGAAUCGCCCCAAACGCGUAGAACACCACCUUCGCAUCGUACCACCAUCGCACAGCAUCGAUUCAAGGGGACAGAUCGACCACUCAAGACCACUCAAGUCUUCAACGGAAGACGGAGCCGAACCAGACCUCAUCUGCUGCCAUGUUCGAGCAGAUGCUUUUGGUUCGAAACCAAGGGCUGGCCACGACGGCUACAGAGGCAGAGAAUUCUCUCAUGUUGUCUUCGAUGGCUUCAUCGCCUCACUCCCGCUGCGUGCUUCUCAACAAAUGCAUGUGUGCGUUGGCCGGCGAGAUGGCAAGCACUGCACUGCGCAAAGCUGCGGCUACGAGCAAAAAUCUGCAAAUUGUGAGCAGGAUGGCUUCCUGUAA